AUGUCAGCUUUACCGACAGAGAUGCACGGGGUAUUGAUCCAGUUGGUAGGUGGGUUAUCUUCAGCAGAUAAUUCUGUUAGAUCAGAAGCAGAAAAGUUACUUGAUAGUGAGUGGUCAAGUAAAGAAAACGUUGAGAUGUUGUUGAUUUUUUUGGCUGAGCAAGCAUGCGCCCCUAAUGAUGAUACGUUGAAGUCUUUCUGUGCUGUUUUGUUUAGACGAGUUGCGAUAAAGUCCCCAAAGGAGCUUUCAAGCGUUACAGAUAGAACUAUUGGUGUCAUAAGUGAACCCGUUAAGCAACAAAUCAGGACAAUAUUGCUACAAGGCUUUAAAUCUCAACAACCAAAUCAAGUUAGACACAAGCUUUCGGAUGCAAUAUCUGAAGUUGCCAAGGAAGAUGCGUCACCACAAGGGACUUGGAAUGAAUUAAUACCAGCGUUGUUCGAAGCGGCAACCAGCAGCGAUAAAAGCUUACGCGAAUCUGCAUUUAGAGUUUUCUCCUCUGCUCCUGAGCUAAUUGAUAAAUCUUACAUUAAUGAAGUCUUACCAAUAUUUAAUUCAGGAUUUGGUGAUGGAAAUGACGAUGUUAGGAUUGCUGCUUGUACAGCCUUCGUUGCCUUCUUUCGUGAGCUUCCCAAGAAAAGCUGGCAAUCUUUAUCCCCAUUGUUGCCAAACUUAUUAAACUCUCUUCCUAGAUUUUUGCAAAAUGGACAAGAUGAGGCUCUAGCUUCUGUUUUAGAGUCCCUCAUUGACUUGGUUGAGCUCGCUCCCAAAAUGUUCAAAGAUAUGUUUCCCACGAUAAUCGAAUUUUGUGCGGCUGUUUCCAAGAACAAAGAUUUGGAUUCAAGCUGUCGAAUGGCCGCCUUAGAAUUGCUCACUACAUUUGCUGAAGUCUCUCCAGGUAUGUGUAAACGCACAAGCUCGUACACUGAUAAUAUAGUCUUAAUAACUUUGUCAAUGUUGACGGAAGUUUGUAUCGACGACGAUGAUGCAGCCGAAUGGAAUAAUAAUGACGACACAGAGGAUGAUGAAGAUGAACCUGAAUAUGAUGCUGCACGCCAGGCGUUAGAUCGCGUUGCUUUAAGAUUAAAUGGCCAAUCUUUAGCAUCACCUCUUUUCCGGUAUUUACCCACUAUGGUUCAUUCUUCAGAAUGGAGGGAACGGCAAGCCGCUAUGAUGGCAUUAUCAUCAGCUGCUGAAGGUUGCUCGGAUGUUUUAAUUAGUGAAAUACCAAGAAUAUUCGAUUUGAUAUUACCCUUGUUGAAUGAUCAACAUCCAAGAGUUCAAUAUGCUUGCUGCAAUGCUCUCGGUCAAAUGUCAACGGAUUUUGCUGAUGUGAUUCAACGGACGGCAGGGGACAGAAUAUUACCAGCCUUGAUCUCUAAGCUCACGAGCAAGUCUGUUCCUAGAGUUCAAGCACAUGCAGCUGCGGCACUUGUAAAUUUUUCAGAGGCUGCAUCAAAGGAAGUUUUGGAACCGUUUUUGGACGAUCUUUUAAAUAACCUCUUAGGUCUAUUACAGUCUCCUAAGAGAUAUGUUCAAGAACAAGUUUUAACAACAAUUGCAAUUAUUGCAGAUGCAGCUGAGAAAAAAUUUAUAAAGUACUACGAUACUUUAAUGCCUCUCUUAACUGAUGUUUUAAAAACUGAUAUGGGGAAAGAGAACCGGUUAUUAAAGGCAAAAUGUAUCGAGUGUUCCACUUUAAUUGCUUUGGCAGUAGGGAAAGAAAAAUUUGCUCCUCAUUGUCAAGAUUUGAUUAACUUAUUCGGCCACAUUCAAGAAACGGCAACAGAAGAUGAUGAUCCUGUAAGACCAUAUUUGGAACAAGGCUGGGGCCGAAUUUGUAGAAUAAUAGGCCGUGAUUUUGUUCCUUAUUUACCAGCGGUUUUACCCCCACUUUUGAAAGCUGCAAGAGCUACGCAAGAUAUAUCCUUAUUGGAAGAAGAGGAAGCAGAGGAGUUCAAUUCCAACGAAGAGUGGGAUGUAAUAAAUCUAUCAGGAAAACUUAUCGCAGUGCAUACAGCUGCAUUGGAUGACAAGGUAUCAGCCAUGGAUCUCUUAAGAACUUAUGCAAUUCAAUUAAAAGGAGAUUUUUUUCCUUGGGUCAAUGAAAUAGUUCAAGAUAUUGGUAUUCCCGCGUUAGAUUUUUACUUGCAUGAUGGUGUCCGUGCAUCUGCGGCAUUGACUUUGGCGUCUUUAUUGAGGUGUUCAAUAUAUGCGACAGGUAAUUCUUCAAAUGAAACCUUGCACCUUUGGUCUCAGAUUUCAAAUAAGUUAGUCGAUGCUCUUACAAAUGAGCCUGUUCCCGAGUUAUUGGUCGCUUACUAUACUGCACUAGUAGAGUCAGUUGGAUAUCUAGGGUUGAAUUCGUUAUCCGCCGAUCAAUUGCAGCUCUUGGCCAAAUCUAUUAAUUCUAAUUUGACUGAAAUUUUUGAACGUAUCAAAGAACGUGACAAUGCAGAUGAUGAAUACACCGAAGAUGUGGAAGAAGAUGAAGAUGAGUACACGGAUGAAGAAUUACUUGAUGAGAUAAAUAAGGCUAUUUCUGCUAUCUUCAAAAAUUCAAAGUCAAAUUUCUUACCAGCAUUUCAAAUUUUGGCUUCUACGGUUGCGACUUUCAUAAACGAUGAAAACACGAAUAUAAAGUUAUGUGGGUUAUGCAUUAUUUGCGAUCUAAUUGAGCAUUGCGGCCCUGACUCUGUCAUUUAUAAGGACAUGUUUCUCAAUAUUGUUGGUGAAUCAUUGACUUCUUCGCAUGCAGGCAUUCGCCAGGCUGCAGCUUACUCUGUUGGCGUUUCCGCUCAAUUUGGGGGUAGCAGCUAUUCAGAUUUUUGCAUAGCUUGCUUAGAACCAAUGUUCAAGAUGUCGUCUGUCCCAGAUGCCCGUGCAGAUGAAAAUGUACAUGCGACUGAGAAUUUUAUUUGCGCCAUUGCCAAGGUAUGUCAUAGUUUUGGACUGUCAACCCCUAAUUUAGACUCCGUUUUGCAACAAUGGAUAAAUCUCUUGCCGUCUUUGCAAGAUGACGAAGCUGCUCCAUUCACUUAUACUUUCUUGAGUGAGCUAAUCAAUAACCAACACCCAGCAGUAAUGGGUCAAAUACCAAAAGUAGUUGACUCUGUGAUUCAAGCUCUCGCGCACGAGAUAAUUGCAGGCAAUGUCGCUGAGAGGGUGGCUUCCUCCACAAGACAACUUCUUGGUACGUUGCCGCAAAAUGAAGCUGUUGCGUUGUUACAAAAGCACUCCUCAGAGAUGAAUGUGAUUCAAAAGUGGUUUUCCUAG